CGACAGCCCUAAACUCUCUCAUUGUGGAGACGAGAAAGCGAAGAUCAGCGUCCACUUUCGCCAAACCAGACGACCACCGCGAACGCCACAAUCACCAGACGGGAUUUAGGGUGUCAUCAGCGACACGCAUGUGAAAGCUUGCAAGGAAAAGCAUCAACGACGUCGGCAGUGUCGUUGCAGUAACUCUUCCAGAGAACUCCGCCAUCGGAACGCAUCUCCGCCGACCCCAAAUGGAGCUCGUCAGCCUACAGCAUGGAAACGUUCCACUAAGCGAGCCGCCCUUCGCAUAGGAGGGGGUCGAGCCUCGGGGUCCAAAACUUAUGCGCGUUGGAGCCCAGAUACAUGAACUUUCAUUGCGGCCUGUGAAACUGCCAUCGUCGAGGGACGUCGGAAUGACCGGUGUUUUACGAAUUACGGCUGGCAACGAGUCUCCGCGAUUUUCAAAAUAAUCACCAGCCACAACUGGAGCAAGCAGCAACUACGCAACUGCUGGGAUGCAAUGCAUCGAACACACAAACGUCUCUUUGAGCUUUUAAAUAGCAGCGGGGUUGCGUACAACGAAUCCACCGACCAAAUUGUCGCAUCGAAGGAAUGGUGGAACCGAAAGAUUAAGGAAAAUAAGGACGAUAAAGAAUUUAAAGACAAGGACGUCAACAAUAUCUAUGUUCGCUACCGUCAGCUAUUCGGCGACAAGUACGCAGUCACGCCAACAAAAUUGUGCAAAACUGGAUUCUGCCUAUUCGAGGAUAGUGUGCUCGAAGACAAUAUGGACGUAAUCCCGAUUGACGGGGAGAGCAGUGGUUCUUGUGAUGAGAUGGACAAAGCAAACGUCGGAGUUGGCAUAAACGUCUCUAGCACCACCAGUGGCCGUAAAAGGAAGUCUUCUAGCGCUAAGCAACGUGGCAAGAAGAAAAAGAUCUCAGCGCGUGAGUUGUUGUUCUCAAUCGACCGUGCCACCAGUGCAGGGGAGAAAGUGGCAGUGAAAAUUAAUACCAUGAUGACUUCGAAAAACAAUGCCGGCAUUGCUUGCGUUGAAGAGUUGUUGGCGACGGGACGACUGCAGCGGCGUACACCUCUCUACUUUUUCGCAUGUGCACUUCUUGCACAGAAGCGCUACUGGGACAUGCUCGGCGUCAUGAAUGACGUUAAUGAGAAAUUUGAGUGGAUCGAGUGGAUGUUCAAUGAGCGGGACAAGCAGUUGCACCUGUGAUUGUUGUGAACUUUAUGUUUGUGUGCAAUCGAUCUGUAAAAAGUUUUAUGUAAUCCGUUUUCACUUUGUAUGCACUUUUCGAUCAGCGUUGUACAUUAUGCGUGCGAGUAAUUAUCGUAAUAGGCUGAUAUUCAAACUGUU